AUGGGUCUCUUGCGCCCGACGUCGUCGGCUCCUGAUGGAUGUCUUGCUCCGAGACCCGGCGGUGCCGACCCCAGCGGCCGAACUCGGGUAGGAAGCUCCAGAGGAAAUGGGGCAUUGUGGGUGAGGCUGAAGGGGCCGGGCGGUCGCGGACGCCGGCUGUUCGAUGCUUGA